AAACUUCCGUAAUCUUAGACAAGCACAACGCAAGCCGUCUCUAUGCCUCCCAAUCCAAUACUCAGAUGCGAUGAGUUAAUUAAGCUGGUUGAAGAGCAAAAAAGCUCUUUUACAGAGGAAUUUCGAACAUUAACUCCAAAGGAAGAAACAAGGCGCACAAAAGCCGAUGACCUCGUCUCGAAAGGACCAAAAGGUUUGAACGACAAACAGAGAAAAGCACGCACUAUUCUUCGAAAUCUCAAACUCAAUGUUGGUCAUGAGGUCUUUUUACUCUGUGCUUUGGCGACGACACCUACGGGGCUUGGCGUCUCGCAGCUAGGGGAUUACAUUGGAAUGCUCUCAAAAUGGUGGGAAGCGACCGACCAUCCAGGCGGCUUGCGACUUGUUGCAUCAAGGAAGUAUGACGAGUUUAGACCCCUGCUUCCAUCUUUGGAUCGUCCAGCACAUCAACCUCAUGUUUUAAAGCCUCAGGAAGAUAGAGAGCAAACCUAUCUCCGAAAACCGGGUCACGUUAGGCAUACACCUCCACCUAGGAAAUCACCGCCAGCAGAGACCGGUGAAUUAGCUACAGAAUUGCUACCGGCGCAGACAGACAGGCGUAUGCAAGAUCUCAUUACACAAGAUAAUGCUAAAAUAUCUACUACAGAAAUCGACUAUACAGUCUCAGGGGCAAUAAUUAGCCUGAUGCCACUCUUGGGCGACCCGUUAUAUGAUGCUGUCUCGGCCAGCAAGCAGUGGAAAUGGGAAAGGUCUGUGGGAGGCCUGACAACAGAUUGUCUGAAUGCAAUAGUCCCCGAGGAUCCGAGCCAAGACAUCUCUAUCACCUUGUCCGUUGGCCACAAGAUGGGACUUGACUUGAUCCGCAAAUUCAAGCUAACGCCUACAUGAACUUCACGUAUCCCCCAAUCACGCGAACCACAUAUCCAGCAGGGACGGUACCUUCGCCGACUAUAUUAACGUCGUGAUGUUCAUAGUGUGGCGGAUUCUCUGGUGUAUCAGGAUGAUAUACUCGGAUCGAUUGACCUUUGCAUAUUAUUUUCCUCUCAUCGUCUACUGCAGCAAAUAAUUCAACGCCUAUUUUUUCUUGACCUGCAAACACGUCCUCGGGCAUUGUUAUGACUUGUGAUGUGCUGUGAAAUGACCUUAUGCCACGAACGAUCUAUUCCACGUCAGCAGAAUACUUUCUGUGUUGGACUAAACCCUGAUUCUUACCAGGAUGAUCUCGCCCGACCGAGAACGAUGUAGAGUCGUAAAUUCGUAUAUAAAAGAGAAUGAGCGGCCAGAAACUUUGAAGAGUCGAUAUGAUCGUAUCUGUUCGCGCGAUGGCCUCAAGAUCCUGCCUGAUUCUAGAUACCCACCAGUUAGUGAGAAGAAUGUGAGUAUGGAACGUCAAAGACACUCUGCACCUUUAAUAGUAUAUGAUAGAAUAUGAUAUGUGAAAUGGACAGAAUGAACUAACGGCGUGGGUCGAAGUAAAAGAGCGAGAUGGUAAUUAUCGCGCGAGUCGAUUAGAUUACUUGGGCUCUCGUUAGGUGGUGGGGCUCAAUACCAUGUGAUUUGCUCAGCAAAACCUUAGGCUCCAGUGCUUUCGGGCUGCGAGGUUCAACACUGGACACGGGACCCUUUGCCCUUAGGCCAAUCUAAUUGCUCCAUAAAUCUCCAGAUAUCGCGGGGUUAAUCAACCCAGCCUUUGCCCUUUGCGAGAGUCCGGUGGCCUCACUAUUUCCAUAGGUUUGUAGU